AUGAUUCAAGCCGACGAUACUUUCAUCAGUGAUGAUGAAGAAGAAUACUGCCCAUUAUGUGUUGAGGAAAUGGAUAUAUCCGACAAAAAUUUCAAACCUUGCCCUUGUGGAUAUCAAAUUUGUCAAUUCUGUUAUAACAACAUUAGACAAAAUCCGGAAUUGAAUGGAAGGUGUCCGGGGUGUAGAAGACUUUACGACGAUGAGAGUGUGGAAUAUAAGACAGUAAGUGCUGAAGAGUACAAAUUGAUGCAAUUGAAAAAGGAAAAGCGUGACCGUGAAAAGAAACAGAAAGAAAAGGAAAAGAAAGAAAUGGAGAUGGUCAAUAAGAAGCACUUGGCAGGUUUGAGAGUAGUUCAAAAAAAUCUAGUUUAUGUCACUGGAUUGAAUCCACCUUGUAAUCCUGAUGAUUUACAUUCAGUUUUAAGAUCAGACAAAUAUUUUGGACAAUAUGGUAAAAUUUCCAAGAUUGUCAUCAAUAAGAAAACUCCAACAACGCAAACAUCAACUCAUCAUCACCAGAAUCCGGGAUUGGUAGUGUAUGUGACUUUCACCAGAAAAGAGGAUGCCUUGAGAUGUAUUACCGAAUUGGAUGGAUCGUUAUGUGAUGGCAGAGUUUUGCGUGCUGCUCAUGGUACUACUAAAUAUUGUUCAUCGUAUUUAAGAGGCCAACCAUGUCCAAAUCCAAAUUGUAUGUUCUUACAUGAACCUGGAGAAGAAGCCGAUUCAUAUACCCGUAAAGAUUUAUCAACACAACAAGGUAUCAAGAUGGGAAUGACAGCAAGAAGCCAUACAACCUCUUUUGGUGAAGAAUCCAGUAAUAAUAGCCAAUCUAACCAGGCUGGUUCUGAUGAUGAUCACCACGAAGCCCAUAAGGAACAUUUACCAUCCACGGCUCAUUGGGCAGCAGCUGGAACUACAUCUGGAAGCAAUUCGCCUUCUGUCAAUAAUAACAUUCCAUUAGCGAAUUCAGCUGCUUUCCCUACAUUAGGUGAGAUUGUUCGUGAUCAAAAGCAACAACAGAAGAAGGAAACCAAGCCCCGUUCAAAGACUACGAAAUCUAACAACACCUUAGUCCCUGACGAAUUAGAUGCGGGCGAUAACUCAGUGUUCAAGUUCGUCGAAACAACGACUGAACAAUUGCGAGGUUUAGAAGAUAUAAGAAAUGUACGCUUCAAGGGUUUCGACAACGGGAAAAUAUUACCUUUAUUCUCAUUUAAAGGUAAUUUCCUGAAUGAUACUCAGCUUGAAGAAGAAAAGGUCAUAGCACGUCAAGUAAUUGAGAAGUUUCUUUUGAGACCAUUAAAGAACUACCAUCUAGCAUAUCAAAACCAUCCAAUCACCCAACAACAAGCAAUAUUACAACGUCAACAGCAGCAGCAACAACAACAACAGCAACAACAGACACCAGCAUUACAGGUUGCUCAAUUACAACAAAACAAAAAUGACGAGCAACAAAAGCAAGCUCAACAACAGCUCUUGCUACUUCAAUUGCAACACCAACAACAGCUCCAGCAACAACAGCAGCAGCGACAACUUCAACAGCAACAAAAUCAGCCACAUCAAUUGAAUAUAUUAAAAACUUCUGAUAGAGUAAACACCUCAACUCCACCUCCACCUGGCUUGUUUGCUGGAAAAGAUGUUGCCGCUUCCUCAGAUAUGUCAAAUACUGGAGCACCUUUACCUUCAUCUAGUUCGCAAUUGUUAACUCAAUUGAUGAGCGGGAAAAGAUAA